UCUCGCUCGCUAUUUCUUUGCUUGAUACGGAAGUUUGUGCUGAGCCGACUACUUGCUGUGGUAGAAGACGGAAGCAUGGAGGAAGUGCCGAAGACCAUUGCACACCAAAUCGGAGGGGUCCAAAACGAUGCGCUCCGUUUCGGGCUUCAGGGCGUCAAGAGUGACAUCGUUGGAUCUCAUCCACUCGAAUCCGCUCAGGAAUCUGUAAGGCGAACACAGGAAACGAUGAAGAGGAAAUGCAUUAUCAAUACAUAUGGGUCCGCCUUUCCACUGAAGAUGGACCUGGACAGGCAAAUACUUUCUAGGUUCCAGAGACCUCCAGGAGCCAUUCCAUCUUCAAUGCUGGGUUUGGAGGCUUAUACGGGAAGUCUUGAUCACAUUGGUUUUGAGGAUUAUCUUAAUGAUCCCCGGGAAUCUGAAUCUAUCCGGCCACCAGACAUGCACCAUGGAAUGGAAGUUCGCCUUGGCCUUUCUAAGGGGCCAGUCUGCCCAAGUUUCAUAUAACGAGUGCAUCUGACUAUUCAUUACUAAGAAAGGGAAAGAGCGAGCAGCAUGUUUCAUUAUGGUUUCUAUUUACCAAUGUUAAGGAUGGUUUGAAUGCAUGGUCAAUGGAAACACAGACGUUUGUAAUCAAGGCGGAUAGAUUCUUUUGUGGUUUGUGGUGUAUUUUAUACUUUAUAAACAUUUGAGCAUUGAAUGCUGCGGCUCUUCUUCUGACCCCUUCCGGCGUCUACUUUUCAAGCAUGCAAUGCCUUUAUGUUUGAAGCUGUUAGUGGCACACCAGAAUUUACUCAAUUUAGUGUUCA